CACAGGCUCUGUAUAUGUUCUAUGCCUUGGCUAUUGUUUGCGAUGAUUUCUUUGUUCCCUCUUUGGAGAAAAUUUGUGAGAAACUACAUCUAAGUGAAGAUGUUGCAGGUGCCACAUUUAUGGCUGCAGGAAGCUCAACCCCAGAAUUAUUUGCAUCUGUCAUAGGUGUGUUUAUCACUCAUGGGGAUGUAGGUGUUGGAACCAUUGUUGGUUCAGCUGUUUUCAAUAUCCUCUGCAUCAUUGGAGUCUGUGGUAUCUUUGCUGGACAGGUGGUCCGUCUCACCUGGUGGUCUGUGUGCAGGGAUUCUGUCUACUACACACUGUCUGUGGUUGUGCUUAUUGCGUUUAUAUACGAUGAGAAAAUUGUAUGGUGGGAAAGCCUUAUACUCAUCGUUAUGUACGCUUUCUACAUACUUAUUAUGAAGUACAAUGUGAAGAUGCAGAAGUUCUUUACUAUAAAAAGCAUGAAUGUUGGGAAUGGCAAUACUGUCAACAGCGAACUGGAAGAUGUGAAGGGAACACAACAGUACGGCCGAAAUUCUGUGGUGAUGGUCGAUGAGAUAAUUUGUUCCAGUCCUCCAAAGUACCGCUUUCCUGAAGCUGGCUUGCGAAUAAUGAUUACAAACAAAUUUGGGCCAAGAACCAGGCUACGGAUGGCAAGCAGGCUCAUUAUCAAUGAGCGGCAGCGGCUAAUCCAUUCAACUAAUGGCAAGCUGAUUCAGAACGGGAAACAUGAGAACAUUGAAAAUGGGGGUGUCCCCAUUGAUAACCAAGAAGAGGGCAAUGAACAUGUCAAUCUGUCUCCAUUUUCACCUCCAGAUGGAAAAAUGGACAAAGUCAAAUGGCUUAUUACCUGGCCACUGAUAUUGCUCCUCUUUUUCACCGUCCCGAAUUGCAGUAAACCACGUUGGGAGAAUUUUUUUAUGCUGACCUUUCUCUUAUCCACUUUAUGGAUUGCUUUUUUUUCCUAUUUUAUGGUGUGGCUGGUUACAGUGAUUGGUUACACUCUAGGGAUCCCUGAUGUUAUCAUGGGCAUUACUUUCCUAGCUGCAGGAACCAGUGUACCAGACUGCAUGGCCAGUUUAAUAGUAGCAAGACAAGGCCUAGGUGACAUGGCAGUAUCGAAUACAAUUGGCAGCAAUGUGUUUGACAUUCUGGUAGGCCUUGGAGUACCAUGGGGUUUGCAGACUAUGGUUGUUAAUUAUGGCUCAAAUGUUAAGAUAAACAGCAAAGGACUUGUCUAUUCUGUUGUACUUCUCCUAGGAUCUGUAGCUCUUACUGUCGGUGGCAUCCACAUAAAUAAAUGGAAACUAGACAGGAAGCUGGGCAUUUAUGUGCUCGGCCUUUAUGCCAUCUUCUUGUGUUUCUCAAUACUGAUAGAGUUUAAUGUCUUCACUUUUGUCAACUUCCCAAUGUGCCGAGAAGAUGACUGAAAUAAACCACUGACAAGUGUCAUCUGGAUCCAUUGUGCUAAAAAUUACAGGAGACAUUUUACAUUGCUACCUGCUUCUUCUCCAAAAUCUCAGUGUCUUUCCUGCUUCAUCACUUUACAAGCACUUUUCCUGUACUUGGAAGGAAAACACCUGUCUCUUUGAACAACAUGCAAGCUCAAGGCAACCAAAGCAUUUUCUUCUUCUUCUUCUUCUUCUUCUUUGGAUCUUAUUGUUCCAUCAUGCAGCUCUGUGGAUCUCAUGCAGAAAUUGAAAAAGUCCAGUGGUAUCCUGUUGUGGUAUUCAGUCUCUUUUAGGCCAGUGAUUCUUAUCAUGAAUUUUAAUAUGAAGUCUGGGGAAAAAAACAACUUCCUUUUGAUGGCCUAUGGUUUUCCAAAUAAGAGGAAAAGAGAGCGGGUCAAGACUUUAUUGUGGCUCAUUUUGAGCAUCUCAGCCAUGGAAUUUAAUGCACUUAUUAUGAAAUGCACUACUAAGGAUCCUUCCUCUCCCCUUCAAGUGCUCUGUUUAAAGAGAACUUUCACUGAUGCUGAGGAGUCUUUGGUGGUGUUUAGUAGAACACUGUAACCCCAUUUAUAUUAUUUAAAAAGAAAGACUUGAAAGAAACUGACAAACAACAACAACAACCAACCCAGUCCCACUAAAAAAAAGAGGAGGGAAUACAACACUACUGAUGCUAUAAUUCUUUUUUUUUUUAAAUCAUGGAACCAAUUAUGUUGUAAUCUGGAGAUCCAUACUUGAAAACAGCAACACAAUGUUCUAAAGUUGGUGAGGAACAAUUGCAAAUAUCAUGAAUGACUAUGUAUAUGGAAUAUUAUACUUUCAGUUCAUAAAGUUGUGCCAGCACCACUAAGCAUACCCACCAAUUUUAGAGGAAAAUGGAAAACCAAAAUCCUGGGUGCUCAGUAAAUGAUUGUGCAGGUAAAUCAUUUGAAGAAUGUGAUUCUAAUCCAAAUGCCUUCCAGAUCAUCAUAGAUGCACUUUGGAUUUGAAGAUGUUUUAUAUGUUCCUGUAUAUGUGUGUGUUUACAUGCAUGUGUACAUGCAUGCAUACACACUACAAAAUAUAACUGCACAAUUCCCAGUUAAUGAUUUUUCCAUGGACUAAAUCUCUUGUUUUAGCAUUGGUUUUAGCAAACAGUUUGAAAAAGUGGGUGACAGGAACAUAUUAAAAGACCUGGAAUCUCCACAUUGAUUGAACUAAUUAUGGAAUGCUGCACAGUAUGCACCUUUAUUCCUUCCCACUGUGUUUCAAUUUAUGUCUGGUUAAGGUCUUAAUCUGCCUCAUUGGCACUGCAGAGCUUGGGAAAUUUCCAUUUUGGAUUAUAAUUCUCAGAAUUCCCCUGCUGGUUCAAGUUGUCUGAAAAACUAA